GCCACUGCCACCACUGGCAGUUGUUCGCUUCAACGCGUGUUUCCAUAGCGCGCAAUUCGCAAGUCUGACACUCAUCAUAACUUACGUAUAAUACCUUCUGUCGCUCGCCAGGCCGCAGUGCUUCUCCGGCGGUCUCCUGGACACGACCUCGUCAGACGGUUGCCUUCGUUUCUGACCGGCGGGGCCGACUGAAGGAGAGCUGGGCAACGGUCCAGCGCCUAUCGACUAGGAUUGCCUUAUCCGGGUGGUCAGUAAGCGAGCCCCGCGAACGCCGUCGAGGAUCAGGAUCUUACGUCUGCAUAGCAUCUCUCUACCACCACUUCCACUCACCCUCGACCAGAGCUGAGCUCGGUUCUCUUUCUGUUCUAUACCCCUCGCACUCUGUCUCUCGGACGCCAGGAAGCCAGCCAUGUCUUGGAGAGGUAUCGGCAAGAAGCCGCGCCCGUCUGCGAAUGCUCUGUCGGUCAAUGACGAUGCUGCGCGCUCGACCACACCGACGCCUGGCAACCCGAGCGGCAGCUCUUUGUCACGUUCAGGCCUCCUCGCUAUCCGAGUCCUGUGGGCGGAGGGCCUCUCGCUACCCGCUGGGCAAGGCAUGCCGCCAGCAGUACAGGCAGCGCUGUCCUCCCAGCAGGCGAAGGUCGCCGCGUCCGUAUCGCCGUCGAGUGUUACGCAGCACCGACUGGCCAACAGGAAGAGCAACAGAGACAGUGUGCAGAGGCAACAGUGCUGGUGGCUCCCCUACCUUGUCAUGGAGUUCGAGGUCAACCAGGUGCUGAUCACACCGCUUGGGGGAGACGUGGCCAAGCCGCUGUACAUGUACGAGACCAACUUCGACGUAUCACGACACUCGGAUAUCUCGAUUCAGUGCUACCUCAGAGCAGAAGAGCCGAAGCGCGGCGGGGACGGCAUUGCCGACGACAUGGGCAAUGAUAUCUUCAUGGGUGGUGUGCGAUUCACGCCGGACUUCGAGGACAGCGCGCCACAGGACCAGUGGUAUGAGCUUGUGGGCGGCGAUGGCAAGAUUCAGAUCGGGGUGACAUUCAAGCCGAGUUCUGGGCACUCGCUCACGAUCGACGACUUUGAGCUGAUCACGGUCAUCGGGAAGGGCAGUUUCGGAAAGGUCAUGCAAGUUCGCAAGCGUGACACGUCGCGUAUCUAUGCUCUGAAGACAAUUCGGAAGCAGCAUAUCGUCGAGCGCGGUGAGAUUACCCACACGCUCGCGGAACGGAUGGUGCUUGCGAGGGUAAACAGCCCUUUCAUCGUACCGCUCAAGUUCAGCUUCCAGUCGGAGCAAAAGCUGUAUCUCGUGCUCGCGUUCGUCAACGGCGGAGAGCUGUUCCACCACCUGCAGCGCGAGCAGCGGUUCAACGAGGAGCGCAGCCGAUUCUACAGCGCCGAGCUGCUGCUGGCGCUCGAGCACUUGCACGAACUGGACGUCGUCUAUCGUGACCUGAAGCCGGAGAAUAUUCUCCUUGACUACACCGGUCACAUCGCACUGUGCGACUUCGGUCUGUGUAAGCUGAACAUGAAGGACUCCGACACGACCAACACGUUCUGCGGGACACCAGAGUAUCUCGCACCGGAGAUUCUGAAUGGGCAUGGAUACAACAAAACGAUCGACUGGUGGACGCUGGGCGUCCUCUUGUACGAGAUGCUUUCUGGCCUCCCUCCAUUCUAUGAUGAGGUCACGGACAAGAUGUACCAGAAGAUCCUCACCAGCCCUCUCGUCUUCGGCGACGAAAUCGCCUCUCAGGCUCGGAGCAUCCUGACCGGCCUUCUGACGCGCGACCCCUUGCAGCGUCUCGGCGUGAACGGCGCGGAUGAGAUCCGGAAGCACCCCUUCUUCGCGAAGAACAUCGACUUUGAGAAGCUCGUGCAGAAGAAGAUUCAACCGCCGUUCAAGCCCAGUGUCUCCAGCCCUGUGGAUGUGUCCAACUUCGACACCGUCUUCACGACCGAGGCUCCCAUGGACAGUGUCGUCGAGGGUUCUCAGCUCUCGCAGACCGUGCAAGCUCAGUUUGCAGGCUUCUCUUACGACGGGUCCAACAUGCCUGUCAGCCCCGUCUAAUCAUCCUCCUCGCCUUCGUCAUCUCCAUUGCAUAUCAACCUAGUAAUCUCUCGCAUUUCACUGCUAUCUGGGCCCGGUCACACUAUGCAGGAUCUCUUAGCCUAUCCCUACUGUAUUCGUUCUUUUUGGUAUCGGGUAUGUCUGUUGGAAGUCGCCCCUCGUUAUUUGCAUAUGUCGGCUCCCAUCCCCCCAACUCGCAUUCGUUGCUCGUGCCCGGCACAUACUGUAAAACACACGCUCAUUCUAAUAGAAAAUGGAAACAUGGAACCUGGAUCAUCAGGACGUUUAUCG